GCAGCUUGAUGGGACACAAGAAACCCCAACCUGGAGGUGGGCAGUUAUCCACAGUCAUCCUGAUGAGGCAAGUUUGUUAGACCAAUAUGAAAAGUCUUAAAGCAAAAUUUAAGAAGAAUGAGAGUCAGGACUGGAGCAAGAGUGACGAAAGGCUUCUGCAGGCUGUGGAGCAAAACGAACCUGACAAAGUCUCUGCCCUCAUUGUCAAAAAAGGUCUCUGUCCCACCAAGUUGGAUGCUGAGGGCAAGUCAGCGUUUCACCUUUCCGCAUCGAGAGGCCGGCUAGACUGCUUGGAGAUUAUCAUCUCUAAUGGAGCAGAUAUCAAUGUAAUCGAUGGGGCUGGUUUCAGCGCCCUUCACCUUGCAGCCAAAAAUGGCCAGUCAGAGUGUUUAAAGAGACUGUUGCAGGAAAGAUUGGCAGUAGAUUGCUCUGACAGCAUCGGCAGGACGCCACUUCACCAUGCAGCAGUCAGCGGUUGCAUGUCCUGCACUGAGACCUUGUGGGACUUCAAGGCUAAUCUGGAUGUCCAAGACAGCGAUGGGGCCAGCCCACUGAUCUUGGCAGCCCAGAUGAGCAGAGUGGAGCUGUGUGUUUUCCUGUUGGCCCGAGGUGCUGAUGUAAACACACAGGACAACCAAGGAAGGUCUGCGUUGAUGCUGGCCUGUGAGAGUGACUGCGCUGACACUGUUGAGGCUUUGCUGAGAGGCGGCUCCAACACACAGCUAGUUGACUCCCUUGGACACAAAGCUGUUGAUUACAGUGUAACCACAGGCAACCAACACAUCAUUUGUAUGUUGCAAGACGGAGUACCCCCAGCAAACAUAGCUUCUGAGGGACAAGGCGAAGAGCCCACUCAAAUCCCCUCAGGCGCCUCAUCGCUGCAAGGGGGGACAACCCCCCGCAAGCGGAAAGCUCCCGCACCACCCCGCUCUCCUCUCCAGGGUUUGAUGUCCUCUCCACAGCCCCGGAGUCCAGCCCCACCUGCACACUCCCCUCAGGCCCACAAGUCCCAGCCUCCUUCUCCCUCUCCCCUGCAUCCAGAAACCCAGCAGUCGGCCCAGGCCGAGGAUGAGGAGGUGUUUGAGGAGAUCCGACGGCUGCGCCUGGAGAGAGCACGUCUACUGCAGAAGAUCAAAGCUUUGGAGCAACAGCAUCAGAGCGCCCUCUCUGCCCUGGAAGAGCUGUGUCAACUAAAGCAGCGUCUAAAGGAGGCCGAGACAGAGAGGGACAAGCUGCUUGAGGAGCUGAAGGGGGGACAUGGUGUUGGAGCCAGCGAUUCUGAGGACAUGGAUGAAAUGUUUGACUUCCCGGAAAAGCUGCUCUCCAAGCGUUCCAGAGCCUCCUCAGCUCAGGAAGAGGCAGCAUCUCUCACGAAUGCUGACUCAGCCGGCCCCUCCACAGCCCCUGCGGACCCGGGAGCUGUUGCCGAGCUGCGUAAACAAAUAGAAGCACUUUCCUCGCAGAACUCCGAACUGGUUCUGAAAGUGCAGAUGCUGGAGAUGUUUGAGAAGGAUGACACAGACAUGCAGGCCACCAGCCCCGACUGUGUCCCCUUAGCUCAGUAUGAGACCUUGAGGAAAGAGUUUGAGACCCUUCAAGAACGAUUCUCUCAGGAACAAGCUUCAGAGGAAGUCACCACUGGGGCUGAUGGCCAUGGGAAUGAGAAGUCUCGGGAAGGCAGUGCAGACGCUGAGAGCACAGAAGCUCUGAAGGAGAAACUGCGUGGGCUGGAGGAGCAGUUGUCUUCUUCUCAGUCUGACCUGGAGGAGCUGAGGGAGCAGAUGCGCCUCGGGGUGCUUUCUGUGGAGUGUGGUGAAGGGGAUAUCGCCACAGCAGUUGCUGGGGGUGCAAAGGGAAGCCUGAGCGAGGAGGUGCAACAGCUGAGAGCAAGAGUCACAGAGUUAGAGGAGGAGCUUACAAAGAGACGGGGGGAGGCUGGGGGUCAGAGCUGCCAGGACAGUGACACAAUCAAACAGCUGACAGAGAAAGUAGAGGAACUCCAGGCUGCUCUGGCCCAGGAGGGACAAGAGAAAGGAGACAAAAGAGGAGAAGCUGAAACAGUGAAUUCCCUUCGCGGCAAAAUUGCUGAGCUGGAGGCAGCCCUGGCAGAGAGCAGGACAUCAGGGAAAGAGACGGUUGUAACAGGAGAUGGAGAUCAGGUCCGCCGCCUUCAGGAGUGUUUGGGCGAGCUGGAGGGACAACUGAGAAAGUGCGUGCCUCGGUCGGAGCUGGAGGAGGUGCAGGUGACUCUCGGGCUCCAGUGUGAACAGCUGGCCAGGGAGAGGGCAGACGUUGCUAGAAGGCUCAACAAUGCCCUGCUUGAGCUGGAGAGACUCAGAGCUCCCCAUCGGGGAGAUGAUGAAGAAGAGGACGAAGAGCAGUCGGAGAGCUCCGAGCCCUCAGUUAUAUUAGAACCCUCCAGACACACCUUGGCAGUGGUGAAAGAAGAACUGGAGGUGGCGAGACAGGAAGCCGCCCAGGCUCUGGAAUGCCUCUGUGCCGAGCGGGAAGGCCGGGCGCAGGAUGCCCUGCAUCUGAAGGAUGCUGUGCCACUUUCAAAACAUAAAGAGGCAUUGUCUGCAGUAUCAGAGCAGCUAGCUCAGACCCUGCAGGAGCUCCAGGAGGAGAAAACCCUGCGGGAGCAUGCUGAGGAGCAAGCUGCCAGUCUUGAGGUUAAACUGCAGGCCAUGCAGGACAGCGUUCCCAAAGAGGAUCACGAAAAAAUAAAGGCAGAGCUGGAGCGCACCCUGCAGGCCAGCGAGAGCAGUGCAGCAGCAUCCCAGGAUGCUCUGAAUGAGAAAGAGAUGGAGCUGAGGGAGCUGAAGUCGCAGAAGGCCGCUGAACAGGGUUUGAUCUCGAAGGAGGACCACGAGGCUCUUCGGCUCUCUUUGCAGGCGGAGAUCAACGCCAUCUCCGCUCGCUUCAACGAUCUUACUCGGAAACACGAGAAGACAUGUACAGAGGUGUUUCAGGUGCAGAGGGAGGCCCUCUUCCACAAGAGUGAGCGGCAGGUAGCAGAGUCGCAGUUGGCCGCAGUGCAGCAGCAGCUUUCUGAGCUGCAGGCCCGGUCCAGUCACAUCCAGGAGCUCCACAAAGAUAUCCAAGAGUCCCAGGGUCUGGUCAAGGAGAAGGACCGCAAGAUAACAGAGCUGUCCAAAGAGGUGUUCCGGCUAAAAGAGGCCCUUGGUGCGCUGUCGCCUCCUCUUGGCGUCACAUCCUCUUCUUCUUACUCUUCUGCUCAUCAUUCUAACCCUGGGCAGCAGAUGGCGCUGCAGAAUCGAAUUGCAAUACUCAGCCAACAGCUACAGGAUUGGGAAAGAAAGCACAAACAUGUGGUGACUGUAUAUCGCUCUCAUUUAUUGGCAGCUGUACAGGGUCGCAUGGAUGAAGAGGUGCAGCGUCUGCUGCUUCAGAUCCUAAAAAUGACGCAGCAAGGACACUGAUGUGUCUACAGGGUCUCUGUUUGCCUCCAGGCCUUUGACAAGGCAGCAUGUAGCAGCAGCUCUAGCACUCUAAGCUAUAUGACCAUAAUCAUGAAGACCUCGUCCAGAAAGCCAAACACAACUCAUCUGUGGUCAGAUAUUGCUGCAUGCUUCAGUUAUAAUAACUUCAACAACUACAGCCAUAUUGCUUGACUGAUAAUCAGACAGUGAAAGGGUGCCUUUAUUAUUAUCUGUCGGAGGAUUACGUUAACAAAAGUGAAUGUGCUCAGAGUGGUGGUUUUAAUGAAAGACUCAUGCAUAUUGACGUGCAUUGAUUGUGUGACUUG